UGCGGCAUCUGGAAUGGCUGUUGACGAUCAAUGUAAGUUAAAGUUUUUGGAGUUAAAAGCAAAACGGAACUACCGGUUUAUUACAUACAAAAUCGAGGAUCAACAGGUGAUCGUUGACAAGAUUGGUGGCCCCGAUAAAAACUACGAAGAUUUCACAAACUCUCUUCCUGGCGAUGAAUGCCGCUAUGCUGUCUUUGAUUUUGACUUCACUACUGAUGAGAAUUGUCAGAAAAGCAAGAUUAUCUUCAUUGCCUGGUCACCAGAUACAUCAAAGGUGAGAAUGAAGAUGGUGUAUGCAAGCUCCAAAGACAGAUUCAAGAGAGAACUUGAUGGGAUUCAGGUCGAGUUGCAAGCAACGGAUCCUAGUGAGAUGAGCUUCGAUAUUUUAAAAUCGCGAGCUAAUAUCUAAAUAAAUUUCUUCUACAAGAGAAUUUGGUUUCAUAAACCUUUAUUAAUCAUUCUCUUAUAUUAUUUUUUUGCUCAAUUUUUUCAAAAAAA